AUGACAAUUAUUUCAUCUUCACAGAAUGAUUCAGGAUCUUUUAAAACUACAAAAUAUUUUAAAAAUACUAUAACGACAUCUACAUCAAAUAUUUCCACUACUGAUUCAUCUCCUUCCACACCUAAUGGAUCAUUAGAAUCAAUUAAUAUGUUAACAAAUUUAAAUUUAUCAACUUCUUUAUCAUCAACUUCUACAACUGUUACUUCAACUUCAUCAUUAUUAGAUUCAAUAGUUGACUCAUUCACAAAACCAUUAAAUAAUGAAAAUUUAAAUAAUCAUUCUAAUUUAUUAGUUGAUGAUUUUAAUUCUUCAUUAUUACAAGAUUCUAUUACAAUGAUUCCAAAUUAUAAUAUAUCUCCAACUGGUGAAGAAGAAGGCUCAUAUCUUGUAGUUGAUUUAGGUGGUUCAACUUUAAGAGUCGCCAUUGUAAAUAUAGACUCACCAUUGUCUAAUAAAGACCGUAAAGAUAGGUUACAAGUUAUAAUUGAAAAUAAAUGGAUAAUAUCAAAUGAAUAUAAAACUAUCAAUUAUGAAUUUUUUAAAUUUAUUGGAUCAAAAAUACAAGAUACAUUAAAUAAACAAUCUUUAAUCAACACAAAAAAUGUAAUAAAUACAGGUAUUACUUGGUCAUUUCCUUUAGAUACUACAAGUUUUAAUAAUGGUAAAAUACGUCAUGUUUCAAAAGGUUAUACAAUUGAUAAAGAAAUAUAUGAUCAAGAUUUAAAAGAAGUAUUUGAGUCAGUAUUAUUAAAAGAAUUUAAUAUUCAAAUAGAUAUAAGAUCAAUUUUAAAUGAUUCUUUAGCUGUUUAUUCUGCAGGUUCAUUUUUAGAUGAUAAAAUGAGAUUAGCAAUGGUUUUGGGAACUGGUUUCAAUAUGUGUUGUCAAUUACAAACAAACAAAAAUAGAAUGCAUUCAAAAAAAUUAAUUGAUAAUGAAAUUUUGAUCAACACAGAAUUAUCAUUAUUUGGUCAACAUUUAUGUGAUGAUUUUACUACAAAAUAUGAUGGAUUCAUUGAUAAAAGAUUUAAUCAUUUCAAACAUCAUUUUAAAACUUAUUUAUCAGAAGAUCCAGAUUGUAAUUUAUUAUUUCAACCUCAUGAAUUAAUGACAAGUGGUAGAUACUUACCAGAGCUACUUAGAUUAAUAUUAAUUGAUUUAAUUAAUAAUGAAGAAAUAAUGACAAAUUUCAAUAAAAGUGAAUUAAACGAAAUUAUAAAUUUAAGAUAUGAUGGAUUCUCAGGAGAAUUAAUGUGUUUUAUAAAUGAAUGUAAUGAUUAUAAUUUAAUCACUUUAAAAUUCAAAGAAUUUUAUAAUUGGGAGGAUGAAAAAAAUAUAAAGAAUUCCGAUAUUGAAAUAAUGAAGAUUAUAAUUGAAUCAAUAAUAAAAAGAGCUUCAUUUAUUGUAGCAAAUACAAUAAUUGGGUUUUUCAAAUUAUUUAAACAACAUAAUAAUGAUGAAAAUUUAGAAGGUUUAAUUACUAUAGGCUACGUUGGUUCCGUUUUGAAUUAUUUUCAUAAUUAUAGAAAUUUAAUCAUUGAAUAUGUAAAUUCAAGUAAUGAUGCAAUUAAUGAAGGUUAUAAAGUUGAUUUGAAAUUAAUUGAAAAUAGUUCAAUUAUUGGUGCAGCAAUUGGAGCUGCUUAUUAUUCAAAGUAA